UUUUCUUUAAUGGAUUUACAAGGGAAUCACGUUGAUUAUGCUCUUAAUGGAAAAGUUAUGCUCUGCACCGGCCUCAUUCUCUUCGGUACAGUACUCAGCGUUCUCUGCUUCCACAACUACGUCCGCAUCCUCUUCCGUGACACCCGUCGUCGUUACAUGCGACACCGUGCCCGGAGAUUGCUCUCCAUUUCUACUGCCGCUAACACUUCCAAGGGUUUGGAUUCUUCCGUCAUUAAGACCAUCCCUAUUAUGGUUUACGCCACCAAAGCCAGCUGUUUCCCUCCGCUCGAUUGCCCCGUUUGCUUGUCGGAGUUCGAAAACGACGACAAAACACGCGUUUUGCCUGAGUGUAAUCAUACCUUCCAUGUUGACUGCAUCGACAUGUGGUUUUAUAGUCACUCUAAUUGCCCACUAUGUAGAGCUACGAUCCAAGCUGUUAAACCGAUGAACCCAGAGAAGACCGCCGGCUCAGUGGCUGAAACUGCCGGCUCAGAGCCUGCUAGAGAUGAUAUUGAAAACCCUUUUUCUUCUUCUUUUUCUUCUUAUUCGUCGUCGUCGUCAUUAGAGUUGGAGAGUUGCUCCAUGCAAAAACUGGAGCUAGUGGGAAUUGUUGUGGAGGUACCCACUGGAGCUCCAUGAGGAAUCGAGUUUAGAUAAUCGGAUCCAGGUUCCAAUAAGGAUACGGAGCGUAUAGCAUAAAAA